AUGCCGCUCCGCGGCAGCAUCCGCAUAGAGAUGGCUGAAAUCCACGUCGUCCCUGAAAAACAACGAUCCGAACUUCCUCGGGGAUUCCGUGACGUCGGUGCAGGACAUCAGGGUGGUACGCAUCUGCAUGAGGUGUCGCAGGGACCACUUGUAGAAGUUGACCGCAUGCUGGCGUAUGUGGCUGUUCGCCUUCAGCUCCUUGUACUCAUUCGCCUUGUCCAGGUGCUGCGCGACUGCGUGGUGCAGCAGGUAGCACAGGUUGUGGUACAGGGCCAGCAGGCCGUCGGAGUAGAAGAAGCGCUUGAAAAAGGCCGCGACCUCAAAGGCGAACGUGAGCGCCUCCACGAUGUUGGAAGACGCAAAUCGCGCGUUAACCAUCUGCAGCGCUAUGUACAGUGCCACACUGGCGUACUCCUCGCACGGCCGGCACAUCACCGCCGGGAUGACAUGAGACCACGCCUGUGUCAGCACCUGCACGCUUUCCUUGAAGUUGCCAAGGAACUGGUGGAAGUACGCCAACUUGAAGUUGGCCAUUGCUGCAUUUAUCUCGGACGUCUCGUCCACAUUAGGCCCUGCGCUGGGCUUCACCUUCGAGAGCGCUUUGGUGAGCAAGUGGAUCCGGCGCUCGUAGUAGGCCACGCUGACAUCGUGCAUCAGCUGCUCCAACUUGGACAGCUUGUUCGAUAUGUCUGCGUCGCCACACGUCACACAAACUGCGGCCACUUCGUUAGCAUUUAG